UUGACUGGAUACAAUGUGCAGGAUUUUGGUACCAUUACAACCACAAAAAAAUGUUAAUCAUGCAUUACUUACAUUUUGGAUUUUGCAGAUAGGUUUUGUUUGUACAUUUUGCAACUUUGCAGAUACGUUCCUCAUGAUGUUGGAAUUCAGGUGGCAUCACAUCUGUCUAAAGUAUUAAUUUGACUCUCAUAUUUCUCAUAUUUUUGACAUAACAUGAGUUAUAUAUAUAUUUAUCAUUCCUAACCUUUCAUUUGUUCCACUUUUUCUUUUCCUGGCAUGAAUGGGCUUCCAUAAGAUUAUGAAGAAUAGCAUACAUAUCCAUAGAUGGCAUCCAGACCAUAGUUACAAGAGAAGGAACAGCACACAGUAGGUUUACACAGUCAUGACCUUUGAGUAAUCUCUCUGUAGGAGGGAGAAGAGACAGAAAAAGGCAGAUACAUAGGCGCAAGAAAGGACAGAAAGAAGUAAAACAUGUAUUGAGGGCAAAAGGAGGGUAGAGAGAGAGAUAUGCUGGGUACAGAAUAGAGAGAGAGAGAAAACAGAGGGACAGAGAAAAGAGAGGUGAUCGAGAGAGAGCAAGGACAGAGAGCGAGAGAGAGAAAGAGGAGGGGGGGUGCUUGUUUUCCCCUCUCGCCUCUCCCUCUGGCUUUAAAAAGUGAAACAGCCCUUUGAAGAGAAAAAAGAGAGGGGGGCAGUCCUGUAUUCCCAUCCAGCCUGGACUGUUAGGAGCAUUUAGUGUGCCGACGCUAACCCAGAUACCAGACACAACACAGAGCUGCAGCCAGAGAGCCAGCUGAGGACCUGACAGACCACAGGCAUGAACGACAUCAAGCUGGCCCUGCUGGGAAGCCAGGGGGCUGGGAAAUCAGCUGUCCUUGUGCGGUUCCUGACCAGACGCUUCAUCGGCGAAUAUGCCUCAAAUGCCAAUUCCCUUUACCAUAAAAGGUUGUCGAUCGAUGGCAGGCAGCUGAAUCUGGAAGUUUUUGACCCCUGCUCUCAGAGCUCAGAGGCCAGGUGUAUACUGGAGGAGCCAGUGGACUGGGCAGACGGUUUUGUGGUGGUCUACAAUAUCAGCGACCGCACUUCCUUCAUCAACGCCAAGAACAUCCUGCAGCAGAUUCGAGAGGCACGCACGGACAACUGCAAAGGGGAGGUAGGGGUUCCUGUCUGUCUGGUGGGUAACAAGCAGGACCUGUGUCACGCCCGGCAGGUGCGAGAGGACGAAGGCCGCUGCCUCGCACAGGAGAACCACUGUCACUUCCAGGAGGUCUCAGCAGCCGAGAGCUACCAGGACAUCGCCGGCCUCUUCACCCAGCUCAUCCGGCAGGUCAUGGACCACCUGAAGUAUCGUGCCGACCGACGCCGCUACAGCGGGUCUAAGUCUAUGGCCAAGCUCAUUAACAAUGUGUUUGGCAAGAGGAGGAAGUCAGUGUGAUGGUUCCAUAGAGGGACUGUUAGAGAUUGUGUAAAUGGACCCAUAUUAAAGGGAACUGGCCGAGAGGUCACAUGCUGCGUCAAGGCUGUGUUCACACUGUGAGCAACAUGGAUAAUUAUGUGAAAGGAUGGGGUUGUGUCUCUAAGGCUGCAACUACAAAAUGUACAGAGGAAAGUUUAGUUUUUCAUAGUUUUGCUGCUUUUAACAUUGACUUUCAUAUGUUAAAUUGCUUUGAUGAGUUAUUCAGCAAAAUACGCCAAACUUCUCAAAUGCAUUAGUGUUCAGUGUUUUCAUCAGUGAGUCAUAGCAUUAAUAUGGCCUAAAAUGAUCAAAAUUAUGAUUCAAAUCAGAAAAUAUGUGAUUAAACAGUAAGAAAAUAAGACUUCAUUACUUCAUGUUUUUGGUACAGCAGCAGGAAUUCACAAAGUAUUGAAGUAAAAUAGCAAAACCUACUGUUGACACCAAGAAUAAAUGCAGCUGCUUUCUGAACAUAAUUUCUUGCAGGUUUGUUGCUUUUUUCAUUUACAAACUGUAUAAAACUGGGAAGCUUUGAUUUGCUUCUCCUCCGUCUUGCACUAUUCAGACAGAAACUCCAAGACUCAACACAGAGGCAUGUCAGUCUGAUUAGCUGUCGAUUAGCCAGUGACACUGAAACUCAAGCCAACUUUCUUAAAUCAACACACGUGUUGAACAUUCACAUAGUUCCCCCUGAAACUCCCUCGUCGAUGUGCUCACAGUGUGAACUUAGAUUUACUAACAAUUCCUACUGAUAUGCGGCAUGCUGAGUGAAAAUAUCAACAUUAUAUAUGAUCUUUGAAGAUGCCACAUUCAAGCCGUACUUCAAGCAUCUCAUUGCAGUUGUGCACUGUGAUUGGUUCAGUCUAUUGUACAGUACCAUCACUGUUGAAAAUGUGUAAAUGUCUGCAUAGUAAUGUGAGGAAAAACGUCCCUUCAGUUCACUGUUGUGCAGCAUGCUUCUCAGCAGAAAGUGUAAUGUCUUACACAAGGUGAAAAAAGCCAGUUUUGAUGCAUUUUACUGCCACUUUAAUGAACUUUUUAUAGACAUAUUUCUAUUUUUUCACUGUAAUGCUACUCUUUGGAAGCCAUUGUGUUUGUUAAUAGUUGAAGGACAUAUAAUAUGGAUUGUAAUAUCUCAUAUAUAUAUAAGAUAGCCAUGACCGAAGGCAUCAUUUAUCAUCAUUCACAAGCGCAGAAAUGUAUGUAAUCAUGUCAUCUGGUACAGUUGUGUACUGUGUAUAUUUAUUGGCUAAUUCAUUUUGGUGUUUAUUUCAUUUUUCUUAUAAUCAGAGGAAUUGAGAGACAGUGUGAACUCAAGACUUUCAAACUCUAUAAAACUAUCAUACCAAUUACGGGCAUGAACUCAUUUGAUUUCCGUGCUGUUCUUCUUCUUCUUAUAUCCAGUUAUAUCACCAUGAUGCUGUCAAGAAAGAAUGUACCACACAUCAUGAAAAUUAAGUUCAUGCAUGCAGUGUGUUUUUUUAGAUGAAUGUUCCUUUUUGUAAAUACUGUAAAAACACUGGCUGCUCCAGAGGAAAUUAAAGUUAAA